CCCCCCUAACCUUAACCUUUACUUCACCUGCCCCAUUAUUCCAUCCCUUCUCUUCCCACUAAAACCCAACCCUCUCAAUUCCGUUACCGUCAUCUUCUCACCUCCAUUUAUUUAAUUAUUCUCUUUCUCUUUUUCUCCUUUCCUCCUCCUCCAUCAAGCACCUCACUUUCUGUCACCCCCACACACAAACCACAAAACCCUCUUUCUCUUUCUUUUUCUCACCGAUGAAGCGUCCACUUCUGUCCGCUGCCACCGUCCACCAUGACGAGACCAAGAUGAAGAAGGCCAAGAUGGUGGUGAUAGAAGAUGGGGAUGAGGAGGAUCACGUGGAGGGAUUAGGGCGUUUCGACGACAACCUGCUGUUUGAGGUUUUGAAGCACGUGGACGCGCGGACCCUAGCGAUGGCAGGGUGUGUGAACAAACAGUGGCACAAGACGGCGCAGGACGAGAGGCUGUGGGAACUGAUCUGCACGAAGCAGUGGGCGAACACUGGAUGUGGGGAACAACAGCUACGAUCCGUAGUUCUCGCUCUCGGUGGCUUCCGUCGCCUCCACGCGCUUUAUCUCUUCCCUCUUUCCAAGCCUCAGACAUCUUCCUCAUCUUCAUCAUGCUCCUCCUCUCCCUGGGGCCCCACCAUCCCCCAGGUCAUUCGAUCGAAGCCCCUACGUUUGGGCAAGGACGAGGGGUUGGAAGAAUAGAUUAGGGUGUGGAUCUGAGGGGAAAAGGGAGGAUUUGGGAGUGUGCGGAACAAGAAUUUGGGUGAGGUUGGGGGAAUUGCCGAAAGGAGCGGAAGGAUGAGUGAUUGGCGGUCCUGAUGGUGUUUUUUCCGAAUACGCACAAGGAGACAGAGGCUGAGGUCUUCUUGUUCUGUAAUAAAUGUCUGCUACUGCCUAUGUUUUCUGGCUCUUACUUCGGCCCAAUGGGUAAAGGACACACGAAUGAGUUUGCAUUUCUAUUGCCUCUGCAAAAGCCAAUUUUUUUCUUGAGGGACGAUAUUUGUCGCUACGGGGAUCCCUAUUAUUUGUUUUUCCCACUGUAUUUUUUCAUGCUUUAGCGAUAUUGUAGUAUUAGAUCAGUGAACUGAACACGGACAGACACGCUCUCUUGGACGAAUA